GAAAACCAAAUACCUCUGCUGAAACUCUUCUGGAUCAGGAAUGUAUAAACCCUGUGAGUUACUCAAGCCAGCUAGAAGACUCUGGAUGCGAUGUCUCUAGUGACUAUGCAUUCGAUUCUUUAGGCAUAGCUUCUGAUUUUCACCAAUCUGAGCCUAAUGUGAACACUUCUAAACGUUGGUUGGAAAGAGUUCCCCCAUUGAAUCUUUGCUGUACUAGCAGGGGGGAAUCUCUAACUGCUCCAGUGCAGUUUUUGCAACGUCUGCUUGAAAUAAGAAAACUGUCAGAAGGAGGAAUUUUUCAAGCAGACUUCACAGAACUUGAAGAUGAUUCUUUCACCGUAUGCAAUUCAGUGUCUCAGUUGCUUGAUGGACUGACUGUUUUUUACAAUAGUCCUAAAUUUCCAGUUUCGAAUUUUCUUACUGAAGCGGUUUGUGUUUUGAUCAAUUUAAUAACUGAUACUAAAUUAUCUAAUCAUGUUUUGAAGAAGUGUUUCAAGAAGCUGGAAGAAUUUAAGAAAAAUUUAAUUCAGAUUAUUUUAAGAAACAGCAAUGUCAAUAGGUUUCAGGCACUGCAUGCUGUAUCACACACACUGGUUUUGCUAGGAAGGAACAACAUACUAAGAAAUUCUUUAAUAUCUCUUCUACUAUCAGAAGUACGUCAGUUUGCUGAGCAGCUGUUGCAAGCUUACCAGAUUCAGGCCAUGUAUAACAUUACCCAGUAUGAGAAUAUUUACCCUUUGUGUAUGAUUCUGGAACAACUUCUUCAAAAUGAGACAGAAGAAAGUAGUGUUUCAAGCUCAAACUAUGACGGAGAAGAAAAAAUCAAAUUUCUGAAGAACCUUGAUCAAAUUAUUCUUCAUCUCUCAGAUGAAUUCCCUUUGUUUUCUUUAUAUUUAUGGAGAGUAAGUGUUCUUUUGAACUCAGCUCAAAUACAAAUUGAUUAA